GUGAAGAAUCUGCGGAAGAAGAAGCUUCAGAAAUAGACACCAUUCAACUCCAGCUGAAGAUCAAAUGCAGCAGAAACCCCCGAGCCAGCAAGGAUUCCUCAGACCCCCGAGAGCUCUAUCUCAACCACAUGGUUUAUUCCAAACACAUAGAGUGGGUCCCCAUCGGCAACCAGGCGGAUGUGUUUGCCGACUCCUGCAUUCGCCCCGUGCAUGAUGACAUUCUGAUAGCACAGCUGCGACCUGGACAGGAGCUGGACAUCACCAUGCACUGUGUCAAAGGAAUUGGUAAGGACCAUGCUAAGUUCUCUCCUGUGGCGACGGCCAGUUACCGCCUCCUCCCAGAGAUCACCCUGCUGGAGCCGGUUGAGGGUGAGAAGGCGGAGCGCCUGAAGCGCUGCUUCUCACGGGGCGUCAUAGACCUGGAAGAUGUCCGGGGAAGAAAGGUCGCGAAGGUUGUGAAUAGCCGACUGGACACGUGCAGCAGAGAGGUCCUCCGACACAACGAUCUGAAGAACUGCGUGAAGCUGGGAAGAGUUCGAGACCAUUUCAUCUUCACCGUGGAGUCGACGGGUAUCAUGCCUCCUGACGUUUUAGUCACAGAGGCCAUCAAAGUUCUUAUGACCAAGUGUCAGACAUUUCUCAAUGAGAUGAACUCUGUUGACAUGGAGUGAACUGACUUGGUUCCUGAACGCACCGCGGCGUCCUGAUCAAUCUGACGGCAUCAACGUCUGCUCUGAAAAUAUCCUCCAGGCUGAAGUGGUUCUGGUUGCUACACUCAGAUUUUCCCCAUGUACUCUGAGGUUUUUUUUUUUUUCUUUAACAUGGAGGAUUAAUGAGAUCAUCAGCCUAAUGAUCUCAAAUACAUCAGCAUGAUAUAUUUCUCUUGACAACAGAGAGAAAUAGAGACUGCAUCACAGAACAAUGAGCAGAAGUUCAGCUUUUUCCCAGCAGGGAUUGAUCAUCAUCAGUUUCUGUAACUACUCUGAGCGUCUCAUGUAGAAACUGAAGUUUUCUCUAACCUUGUUAAGUUCAAGAUCAAAUGUUUUUGCAGAUUUAAUAAAAAGAAAAGAAAUAGA